AUCUUUAAAUAUCUUCUUGAUAUACGUGAAUAAUGUUUUUCGAUUUUGCUUUCUUGGUAUCAUGGCAGUUAAAAUAUCGGUGUCUUUCAUAGAAGGAUUUAUGGUGUUUGUAUACGCAUGCGGUACAAUAACGCAGUUCUACAUAUUAUGUGCUUCUUUCCAGAAAUUAUCAGAAGCAAGUUCAGAAAUAACGGAUAAAGCAUUUCACGAAAACUGGUAUCAAUUCAAUUUAUCCAUACAACGUAUAUUCUUAAUGAUAAUAGCUAGCAAUAAUAUAAAUAUUAAACUAUCGUUAUUUGAAAGAUUCAAUUUGUCUUUACCUUCAUUUAUGUCGGUUUUGAAUCAAUCGUAUUCUAUCGCUCUUUUGAUUUUAAGGAUGAACUAA